AUGCCUCCUCGUAGAGCUAACUCACAUAAUGCUAAUCCCCACAAUGCUAAUGCAGUUCCUCCAGUCCUAAAUCAUGAGGUUACGAAUUGGAAGGAAAACAAGGUUGAGAAUGCAGCUCUUGUGACAUCAGAUUGUUUUACUAGAGCUCUUCAGGAUAGGUUCUUUCCAAGAGAGUUGAGGGAGGCUAAAGCUCAGGAGCUUAUGAACUUGAAUCAGAGUUUAAUGUAUGUCUAUGAAUAUGAGCUAAAGUUCACUCAGCUUUCUAGGAAUGCUAUGCUAUUAGGGGAUAUUGAUAUCUCUAGAUUCAUGACUCAUGCUCAGCAAGUUGAGGGAGAAAAGCUUAGGGAAAUGGCUAAGGACAACAAGAAGGCUAGAACAGGAAAUUAUGAAUACUCUCAUCAAAGGCUGGCUAACCGUACUUUUCCAACCGUCCCAAAGUAUGGUAAGAACAAUCCAAGUGAGUGUUUUGCUGGCAAAGAAGGGUGUUUUGGAUGUGGUCAGUUUGGUCAUAGGAUGAAGGAUAACCAUUCUGACAUGCAAGGACAAGGAGAUAACAAAGCUCAGUCUACUACUUCAGCAGCUCCACCGGGUCACCCUACUCAGCAGGGUGCCUCGUCCAGUAUAAGUGGUGGUCAGCGCUAG